AUGUCCGUCAGCUCUCACCACCCAUCCAGCUUCGGGGCUCUCUUCGAGACCCGUAGCAUCACUACUCCUAACAGCCAUGGCAACCUUUCGGCCGGGCUCCCGCCCGCUACGCGUCUGAACGAGUGGCGAUUCCGCCCUGGCGCAUACACACCAAGACAGUUUAUUCGAGAGAUCGCAAUCCUUCUCGAGAGCGUCAUUGUCCAGCUUGGCCCGGACGGCCCUGGGGAUGCCGACUCCCGCGCAAUCCUCAUGGACGGCCUAUGCUCCAGCCUUUCCCACGAGGGCCGUGAAGCCACUCUCCCCCUAGUUGACUGGAAUAGCGAGAACCCCUCGGACCUGACAAAGCACAUUCUCCGUAUCGGCAAGACUCUUUUGGGCUACGCAACCGAAUCCAACUUUUCCGUCGCCGGAGAUCCGGCACUGACCGUGUAUAGCCCCUGCGAGGGCCACAAGUGGGUUCCGCCGGCCGGUCGACUCCUCCGCAGCGACCGCAGCUCGCCGAUUCUCAUGAUGCUCUACAACGAGUGGCUCCAUCAAAUCACAUGCCUGCGCGACAACUUGAUCGUGUUUGAGAACUUCGAGGAAGUGGCUUUUCUCUCCCACGUUUCUCGUGGAGAACUUUCUCUGGAGAGCCUUGUGGAGACGGCUAAGAUCCUCACGGCCCCUGGGCUCGGAGCUGGGGGCUACGGCUUCCAGUAUAACACGGGGGUCGUGCUUCCCGCAAAGCUGUUCUCUGAGAGUCGCACCAAUCUGCUGCGCUACAUUCCGGCGAGGCUUACGUGUAUUGAACCGGGACAAAAGCUGCUCGAGCCCGGUGGCCCGGCGUGGAUUGCGGGCGGCAAAAUAGACAUUGGCUCGCUCAAAUCUUCACCGGUCCCCGAGGUUCCUUGGCAGGCUUCGAUUACGGCGAGCGCCGCAGCUCCGAAUGAUGGCCUGAAGACGCAAAGUUGGUUGCUCAAACUGACUGCGACGUCUGAAAGUUCCAUUGCUUUCUCCAUCGACCUCGGUGAUAUCAUUCAUGGUCUUGAAGUUGCGUCUAGUGUUUCUCCAAGUGAGGAGAGAGACCUCCUUGCGCGCGGGUAUGAUACCUACGAGGCGUCGGAAAUGCUGCAGGCGGGCGCAAGCGUAGUUACCAACUCUUCUACUAAUCCAGUAAUCGUCCAAGCCAGGAGCUCGAUCGAGGUUAUGACGCUCCUGGGCAAGCUUGAUCCAAAAGGGUCCAGGCCUAUCCCGCUGGCCUUCUCGAACCUCACCAUCUCGGCUCCGGACCCGGGCGUGGUCACGGUCAAGACGUUGCCUCGAGCAAUCAUCAACACCUUUGGCUACGAUCAAGUCGUUUGGUUGAUACGAAAUGUCCGCCAGCCGCUGUAUCUAGUGAAGCCGCCGAAACACAAGACUCUUCUGCACGACUUUACCGGACUCGUCAGACCCGGAGAGAUGCUCCUCGUCCUUGGUCGUCCUGGCAGUGGAUGUUCGACGUUUCUGCGUGCCGCGGCGAAUAGGUCCUCGCUCAGGGUUACGGGAGACAUCCGAUUCGCCGGCCUCUCUCACACCCAGUUCUACGAGAAGCAUCGUCGGGAAACCAUCUAUCUUCCGGAAGAGGACAAGCAUAUCCCAACACUGACUGUCCGACAGACAUUGGAGUUUGCUCUUCGCAUGAGCCUCCUCGAGAAAGAGCGCAGCGCUGGGAAUAUUAGGGAAAUGGCGAAGACCUUGGCAACUAUGUUUGGCCUGGAGCACGCUCUCGACACCGCCGUCGGUGGUGGUUCCAUUCCCGGUGUAUCAGGAGGCGAGAGAAAACGCACGAGAGGCCUCGACUCAUCGACAGCCAUAGACUUUGUCAAAGCACUGCGUACUCUCACCGACGCCUCACAGAAGACAACGCUCGCGACGCUCUAUCAAGCGGGAGAAAGUGUCUUUCGACACUUCGAUAAGGUCAUCCUGCUCGAUUCGGGUCACGAGAUAUUCUUCGGGUCCGUUGACGAAGCGAAGCCAUACUUUGAGAAUCUCGGAUUCAUUUGCGAGGCCGGACAGACUACUUCUGAAUUCCUAACUACAGUUACGGACCCGGUUCGACGACGCGUGCGACCAGACUCCACUGCGGCAUCCCUGAACACGCCAGAGGCACUUGCGAGGACUUUCAGGCAGUCUGACUUAUUCGACCGGUUGCAAUCUGACUUGAAGCAACUCCCAGACACGUACACUUCUCAGCCCUCUCUCGUUCCGAUGGAUCGGAUCAACCUGUCGUAUCCAGCACAGAUCAUCGAAUGCUUGAGACGCGAGAUACAGCUAAUCAAUAGCCGACGCGGCGUGUACUACCAGAAAUGGGUCAAUACCGUGAUUCUCUCUUUAAUUGUAGGCAGCGAGUACGCCAACAUCUCGUCAGACGCCUCCGGGGCAUUCACGCGUCAAGGCGUCAUCUUCUACGCCAUCAUCGCAAAUGCCUGGAUGCAGUACCCGGAGCUCUUCGACGCCCAUGCCAACCGAGCGGUGCUGGAACGUCAGUCUUCGCUCAACAUGUAUCGUUCCUCUGCGGUUGCCGUGGCCCGGGUCCUGAUAGAUGUCCCAAUGAUUGCUGUCCAGCACGCGUGGUUCAUGAUUGCCUUCUUCUUCCUUGCGCACAAGACGGUUGAGUACACGGCCGUCGAUUUCUUCUUCUUUUACUUCGUUCUUUGCCUCUCGACUAUUAACUUUGCUAAUCUGCUCCGAAUGUUCGCAUACUACGUCCCAAAUAUAGAAGACUGUUUCCGCUUCGGAGGCAUCGCCUCUACAACAACCGUUUAUUUCGCCGGUUUCCUCAUCCCCAUAGAUCGAAUGAGACCUGUGUGGUCAUGGCUCCACUACAUCAGCCCUCCACGAUACACGUAUGAGGCGCUCCUCACCAACGAGUUUCGCCGUUUGCGGAUAUCCUGCCAAGACGAGCUCAUACCAGCCGUUCCCGGAGCCUCUGCGGGAAAUCGAAUAUGUCCUGUCCGGGGUGCUAGAGCUGGGCAGGCUUCGGUCCCAGGUUUGCAAUAUGUCGAGUCUCUCGGAUUCAGCGACGCGAAUCGUUGGCUUAAUGUCGGAAUACUCGUCGCCUUCGCUGCAGCGUACAUGCUCGUCGGCGUUGUUGGGAGCGAGACAAUGCGCUUUGCUAUCCAGGGAGGCACAUCCAUCGUCUUCUCACGGAGAGAAAACCCCCAAGUAUCAAAGACUAGCUCCAUUCUUCUCGACGUGGAGAAAUCUGCCGUUGUUCGGGAUACCUCAGACUCCGGCCCCAGCUCCGGGGCAGCAGCGGGUAGAGGCCGACCCAGUUUAGUAUGGGAGAAUGUCUCUAUUGAUAUUGGAACCAAGAGAAUUCUCACCGAUAUCACGGGGUUUGUUCGCCCAGGAGAACUCGUUGCUCUUUGCGGAUCAAGCGGAGCCGGGAAGACGACUCUCCUGACUCACUUGAGCCAGACAAACCCGAUUGGAACGAUGGGUGGCCGAAUUGAGUUCGGGAAUAAGCCGCUGGGGGAGUAUUUCAAGAAGCUAUCAGGAUUUGCGCAGCAGUCUGACAUGCACGAUGGAUCUGCUACAAUACGGGAAGCCCUGGAAUUUUCGGCGCUUUUGAGGCAACCGUCAAUCUACUCAAGAGCCGAGAAGCUGGCAUAUGUCGACCACGUUCUAGAUGUCUUGGAUCUGGCACAUCUGCAGCACGCCCUGAUUGGGGAUUAUGACUCCUCGGGACUUGGAGUCGAACUCACGAAACGAGUGACUAUUGCCGUAGAGCUUGUUGCUCGGCCCAAGGUCUUGUUUGCCGACGAGCCUACCUCGGGCCUAGAUUCGCAAGGCGCAAUGACCAUCAUCAGCUACAUGAGACGCCUUGCCGAACAGGGUCAGACAAUACUAGUUACGGUCCACCAGCCUUCCGCCUCGCUCUUCCGAACAUUCGACAAAGUCGUGGCUCUCUCAUCUAACGGAGAGCAGAUCUACUACGGAUCUGUCGACAAUGUCCUGCCUUAUAUCGAGAAGCAGGGCGGCGUGCAGUACCCGGAAGAUGCAAACCCCGCCGAGGUCCUCCUUGAGGCCAUUGGCUCUGGAAUUCACGGCAAGUCACAGACUAUCGCCGGCCAAUGGGUAGCCAAGUGGAAAGCAUCGCCCGAGGCGCAGGCCGUUAAAGACACGAUUGCCAAGAUAAGAAGAGAGGAAGUCCGUUGGGACGGCGGCGAGACACCCGGAACGUUUAACACUUCGACCCUGAAGCAAACCGUACUUCUGACUAGGCGAAUGCUUCUGAACCAAUGGAGGAGGCCCGCCUACGUCUACAGCAAGAUUUGGGUCCACACGAUCCAGGCGAUCCUCAUUGGGUUUACAUUCUUUAAUCUCGGCACAUCGCCGUUGGACUUACAGAGCCGAGCGCUUGGGGCUUUCGCGCUCAUAUUCUUAGUCAACACCAUCGUCAACCCAAUCCUGGCUCGUUUCUUCACACAACGGCUUCUCUGGCAAGUUCGAGAAGAACUCCCAGCCAUAGGCAUCACAGGCGUCGUCUAUUACCUGCUCUGGUAUUUCCUCACCGGUCUGCCUCUUGGCGAGGCCGCGGCAUACACGUUCUUGAUGGUCGUGAUGUAUGAGAUAUUUGAGAUGACCCUUGGCUUGUUGGUUACUUCUAUGAGUCCAGAUCUCAAAGUUGCCGGCCUUGUCCUGGUGUUCUUGGUUACUACAUUCAACUGGUUCAACGGAAUCGUAGUACCUUACCAGAAGAUACAAGUGUUCUGGCGCUCUUGGGCAAGUUUCGCUCCCUCCUUCAAUCCCACCGGUUCCUCUAAUUCUAACCUCAAUUCGCAGUUGUACUACAUCAACCCUCUUACGUACCUGUUUGGCGGCAUGAUUAUCGCCGCUGAUGGCGGAAUCGAUGUGAUUUGUGACCCUUCCGAUCUCCUCACUUUCCCGCCUCCCGAGGGCCAGACAUGCGGAGAGUAUGCUAGCAAAUGGGCUCAAAGCGCACAGGCAAACCUGACGAAUCCUCUAUCGACGGGCUUCUGCCACGUUUGCCAGUACACAACAGGAACACAGUAUCUUGCGCAGUUCAACCUGCACAAUGGACAGCUCGGGAACAAUAUGUGGGCGUAUUUGGCUGUGUUUCUUCUCUUCACUCUAUCCAACAUUGUUUUCUUCUACUGGUUUACGUGGUUGACUAGGAUUAAGGGGUGGAAAUUGCGUCGGUUCAUUUGA